ACAUUUUACGUGUAAAAGACCGUGUCCACGAGGGUAAACAAACAGUACGAGACUUGCACUUGGAUUCUUUUUUCCCAACACGUGUGUCUUAUCAGUGUGGAGGUUUAAUUACAUUUUUCGGCUUCGGAUGGAGAUUUUAGGGAGCACAUUUGACGACUCGGUGUUUUCGGAGGCGAGAAACCGAGUCCCCGCGGCUUUGUCGUCUUAUAGCGCCAAACUGUGUGAGCCAGAGUGGUUUUGCCAGAGUGCUGCUCUCGAUACAGAUGAUUCUUUGGACAAGCAGAAAGUCUAUAAGUUUAGAGGUGACUUGGCUGUGAGACGGGGGGACUACCAGAAAGCCUUGGAUGCGUACAACAGCUGUCUGGAGUGGAUCGCUGACAACAACUUGACCAUCAGAAGAGAUGUACUGGAGGGAAUGGCCCGAUGCUGCACCAAACUGGGCCAGAGAGACAAGGCGCUGGACUUGGUCGCCUUACUGAGCAAAGAAGCCUCCAACACGUGUCACCUGACCAGCCUCCUGCUGCUCAAAGUUGCCAUCUACCAGCACUUUGGAGACAUAGGAUUCAAGAUAUCAUCACUGCAGCAGCUGUGUAGCGUGCUGCCUUUUAACCCCUGGCACUGGUACAGCCUGGGACAGACGUGUCUGCAACUGUUGGAGAGCAACAGAACCACAGGAUUGUGCUCCUCACAGAGGGGUGAAUUAGCUGAGGAGAAGAAUGAUGGAGUGAUUGAGGAGCAACAGGAAGAGGCAGCAGAGCUCGGAGAGGGAACAACCUGGCUGAAAGCUUGCACCUGUUUCAUCAGGACGAGGCUCCUGUUGAGAAUCCUUCGACAGCAGCAGUCCUCCUUUGUGCUGCAGCGCAGUGAAAACGCCCUGCAGACGGCAGACGAAGCAUUACAACGGCUCAGUCCCAAAGAAACAACCCUGCAGGCUCUCACUGAGGUGAUGUCAGAGGACCUGAUCCCAGAGAAGAUGAGGGAGGACUACCAGGAUGGGGAGAGUCUGGCCAGUAUGUGUGUGCAGAACUUCAGGGAGCGCUGGUGGAACAAGAUCUUAUUGACUGGAGUGCUAGAGAGUGAUGGUCGGUCAACAUCAAGCACAGAUGGACACAAAGUCCUGACGCUGAAGUGAUGCUUGUUUACAGAGAAGUUGGAAGAUGGGAAGGGACUGAAGAACAUGGUCACUGUCAAAGAUCAAAAGGAACAGACUGGAUGAAGUGAAGACUGGAUCCAGCUCCUCAAACAGAAGAGGACACCCACAGGUCAAAUGCUGAACUGCUCAUUAUCAAAAGUAUAAAACCCACUCUUAAAAUGUAACAGAAUGUUUCAAGUUUGCCUCUUCACUUAAUUUAAGCACAGAGAGGACUGCACAGUGAAUGUAGUCAGAAUUAUUCCUACAGUGUGAAUUGUUUCAUCCGCUUCAUACUGUGACAUGUAAUUUAUGAAGAGGACCCUGUUCUUUAUGUAGACAGGAAACAAAAUGAGACUUUCCAAAAGGAAGUUACAGUCCGUAUGCUGUGCUUUAAAGGUAACAUAAGCCUUAUUGUGUUCAUAAUUGUAAGAUAUUGUCAGACGUGCAGAAGACAAAUGAUAGCUUGGCAGACGGUUGACUUGUCAUAGCAGGAAAAUCACAGCUCUGUCUGCGUGCUAGCAUGCAGCUGACUGUGCUGUCAGUGUUGUCAGUUCCACCUGUGUUUCCACUGUGACAAAUCAGGCUGUCUGUUAGAAAGCCUGCCGUUACUGUAGACCUUAUCCCUACAGUUCAGGAGCUGGCUGCCUCCAACACCAUUUUCAGCUGAAACAGAAGCAUAGCCAUGUGGUUUUAAAGACUGUUCUAGCAGAAUAACAAAAGAUGGUUUCAUUUAAGUUGUAAUGUCAAUUUUAAGAGAAUUAACAAUUAAAGAACAGUUGGUAAGGACA